ACACCCAAGAAUGCUUACUCAAGCCCUGUCCCUUGCGAUGUAGCUGAGAACAUGCCCUUUCGAGCUUGGAUGUAUCUAUGUCGUCGGGCUGGCAAGUAUAUAUGAGAGCCUUUGCAAGCUGUUGAUCAGCCUCAUCAUCCUCACUCAACUCGAGCAGACAGAGCAGACGAGGCACAACGCCAGUCCCCAUACACAUUCCUUUCUGAAAAACUUCGGUCAAAGUCACUCCCUCAGCACCAGCACCAUCAACAGCAACAUGCGCUCCCUCGUCUUCCUCGCCGGCCUCCUGGGCUCGGCCUUGGCCGCCCCCUACACACACAUGGGCAGUCUGCGCCGCAGCGACGUGCCCAAGAACGACUACACCCGGAUCGACAUGUCGUUGCCUGACAAGGUUGUCGUGACCCGGAACAACACGCUGAACAGCACCGAGCCCACGGAUCACGCCUUCUCCAUCCAGGCUCAGCAGGUGCCCAUUUCCCAGAGCCUCCACCUCUCGCUGGUCAACAACAUUGGUGGCGACGGUCUCGUCUGCUACCUGUCCGCCGCCGACUCUGAUGGCCGCGUGUUCUUCCUCAAGGAGGAUGGCAGCCUCUACUAUCCGAGCGCGGGCGGCUCUUCCGUGCCUGUCCCGAUCAACGAACCGGUCGCCAUCACCAUGCCACCGCUGGGCCAGUCUCUCGACAUUACCGUACCCGUCGCCUUCUCCUCCGGUCGCAUCUACUUCUCCCAGGGGGCUCUCGAGUUCUCCAUUGUCGGCAUCGGUGGUGGGAACGAGGGUCUCGUCCAGCCGUCCGUCAACAACCUCCAGGACCCGUCGCGCAACCUGAACUGGGGCUUUGUCGAGCUGACGCUGACGACCACGGGGGAGAUUUGGGCCAACAUCUCCUACGUCGACUUUAUCGGCAUCAUCAUGUCCAUGACCCUGCGCAACACGGACGGCAGCAUCGACGAGGUGGUCGGACUCCCUGGCGACGGCGUGCGCCGCGUCUGCGAGGCGCUCAAGGCCCAGGGCGACAGGGACGGCCGCCCGUGGGCCGCCAUGUGCAUCGCCGACGAGGCUGGCAACCCGCUCCGUGUGCUGUCGCCCGAGGAUUACGAGACGGUCGGGCCCGGGGGCUUUGACGACUACUUUGACGCCUAUGUUGACGAGGUCUGGGACCUGUACCGCGCCCAGCCCCUGACGGUCGACACCCAAAACGACGCGCUCGGCAACGCGGGCAACGUCGUAUGCCAGGUCCAAGGCGAGGAGCUCCAGUGCGAGGGCGACAACCGCGGCUACGCGAAACCGACGGUGCACGACAUCUGGGGCUGCAACAGCGGACCGUUUGGCAUCCAGGAGGGCGACAACGCGGUACACUACGCCGUCGUGCCGCGUCUCUGCGCCGCCUUUCAGCGCGCGACCUACACCAUCCCCGGCGGCGAUCACCAGCCCGGUGUCGGGGCGGACCAGUACUACACCGUGGAUCCGGCGAGUCACUACAGCCGCAUCGUCCACGAGAACGAGGUCGACGGCAAGGGCUACGCCUUUCCGUACGACGACGUCAACCCGGACGGCGCCCCGGACGCGGCGGGCCUCGUCACCUCGGGCAACCACGACGUGCUCGUCUUCUACGUCGGUGGUGCGCAGUCAUCCUAAGGAAAAUGAGGAGGAGAAGGUUGGAUGGGUUUCUUGUAUAUACUUGACCAGGGACGCCGCUGUCUGGGCGCUCGCGUACAUAGUGCACUGAAUAACGACGCUCGUUUAUGAAUGCAGUAACAUCUGUUAUUUUGAUGCUUG